AUGAAAAUAUCUGGAAGAUUUUUGGGUGGUACUGAUCUGACACCACAUGAGUUCCCCUGGUUGGCUCUCAUAAUAAACUUGGGGGCCGUUGAUCAUCAAAAAUCUCAGACUGGAACACUCAUAAAUGAUCGAUACAUUGUAACAAGCGCAAAUCAACUCUUUGGACACACCCCGUAUCUCUACAAAGUGACUCUUGGCUAUCAUUUGAUGUGUCAGAGUGAAUUUACCUCAACAGUGUACAGUGUGAAAGAAAUAAUUAUUCAUCCUGCUUUCUACACCGAAACGAGCCUCAACAAUAUUGCUAUGCUCAAGAUCUCCGUGCCUGUUCUUUUCUCACAUCACAUUUCACCAAUUUGCCUCCCAACACCAGAUUCCACAUAUAACGGAAAAGUUGGUACGGUGGUGUCAUGGUUUACAGGAGAUCCAACAUCAAAUAGCGGAAUUAAUCCAACAACUGCACCAUUACAAUCAGGAGACAAGAGAUGCAGUUCUAUAGCCGAACAAAAUGAAGGAUGCAUCGGGAUUUAUGGGGCUAAUAAUAUUCAUCUCUGUCAGGUAAGUCAAUUGGAAGGAGCAGUAGCAUGUAAGAAGUUUACUGUGGAUCAGGGAUACUACGAAUUAGUGGGAGUCUUAUCAAACAGACAAUGGUGCAACCAAGAGGGUACGCAGUGGAAGACUACAAGUACUCUACAACCUUCGAGCCCCUCUGAAGAAAUUGAUCCUCCACCAGAAGACCGAGAAGUUGACGAGAAAUUCAGAAGUGCUCGAUUCUUUGAACUGAGCCUUCUGGCAAUGCCAACCUUUGCAAAAGUCGACAAUCAUCUCGAGUGGAUUCUCAAGAAUACAAAAGACGCUCUAUAUUGCCAGAAACUCUAA